AUGGUCUUCCUUGCGGCGGCAGCCUCGCAAGCACCGUCAUUGGCCACCUGGAUUGUGUGGGGCACCGGAGGACUUGCCGCCACUGUCCCUUUCUGCUUCAAGCACGUGCUCGGACAAGCUGAGGAGCCCCCGUUGAGGGCAAUCCGGGACCACGCGCGGAGUAGCUCAAAGCAGUACUGCUUUGAGGAGCUGUUCCCCACGGCGGAGGUGUUGCCUGCCCUCCUGCGAAGUGGCAGGCACACUGUGCAUGCAGACCUUCCUCACUUGCGCUUUGUGAAGGUGUUGGGUUCUGGCACGUAUGGCAUGGUGAGCAAGUACCACAGCUUGUCUGGGGAAGACGUGGCGGUAAAGACAAUGCAGAACUUUGCAUCAAACCGUGUUGCUGCCAGGCGCUGCCUUCGUGAGAUCAACAUCUUGAAAUCCUUGCAUCACAGCAACAUUGUGUUUUUGAAGGAGGUGGUGGCUCUGAAGGAACCGGCGACGGUGCAUCUGGUGAUGGAGCUGAUGGAUGCAACCUUGUUCAAUGUCAUCUACUCAGGGGAGGAGUUGAGAGAGGAGUAUGUCCAAUUCUGGAUCUAUGGUAUUUUGCUUGCCCUCCAGUACAUGCAUGGAAGCGAUGUCGUCCACCGCGACUUGAAGCCGCAGAACAUCUUGGUGAACAAAAAUUGCGACGUAAAGCUGUGCGAUUUUGGCCUGGCGAGGGGGCCUUGGCCAGACCAUGAGGGCUCGAAAGAGGAAGUGCGCACAGACUAUGUCGGCACACGCUGGUACAGGGCUCCAGAAGUCCUCCUGGAAGCCUUCACCCACACGUCUUCUGUAGAUAUCUGGAGCUUGGGCUGCGUCCUGGCGGAGUUGACGGGCCGACGUGUGCUCUUUCCAGGCAACAGCUCGGUGGAUCAAUUGAAACAGAUUCUUCGAGUGGUAGGAACGCCCAGACGGGAAGACUGCUUCGCACAACGUGUUUCGGACCUGUUCCAACAGCCUGGUUUCGUUUUCGAAAAGCAGCCUUGGGGCAAGUUGUUCCCCUUGGCAACAGAACAGAAUCGCAGUCUACUGGACGCCCUCUUGCAGUUCAAUCCGCAGCGGCGAAUCGCAGCGAGGGAUGCAUUGCAUCACGGGUUUGUGUCAGAGUACUUUGACGAAGCUGAUGUUGUGCAGCCACCUACGAUCUGCUGGGACUUCGACCGGCCUGGAGCGUUGAAAGAGCUUCUGGCACGCAUCGUGUCUUCCUCCACCCAGCAACGUGGUUGA